GGGGCGCCUCUCGUCAGGCUGCCGCAGGCUGGGGAGUGCCAGGGGGUGGGACUAGGCCAGACUGUAGAUGUGGCUCUGUACAAAAUCCCCACCCGAGCUGCCACCAUCCUCCCUCUCUGAGUCCCGAGGAGCCCGGCGCAGCCUGUGCCUUGCCCCAGUUUCCUUUCAAGAUGUCCACAGUUCAUGAAAUUCUAGGCAAGCUCAGCCUUGAGGGAGAUCAUUCUCUUCCUCCGAGCGCAUAUGCCACUGUCAAGGCGUAUGCCAACUUUGAUGCUGACAGAGAUGCUGCAGCCAUUGAAACAGCCAUCAAGACCAAAGGUGUGGAUGAACUCACCAUCAUCAACAUUUUGACAAACCGCAGCAAUGAACAGAGGCAGGAUAUCGCCUUUGCCUAUCAGAGAAGAACUAAAAAGGAACUUCCUGCAGCACUGAAGGCAGCUCUCUCAGGUCACCUGGAGGCAGUGAUUUUGGGCCUGUUGAAGACACCGGCUCAGUAUGAUGCUUCUGAACUGAAAGCUGCCAUGAAGGGUUUGGGGACUGAUGAAGAUACUCUCAUUGAGAUCAUCUGCUCCAGGACAAACCAGGAGCUUUGUGAAAUUAACAAAGUCUACAGGGAAAUGUACAAGACAGAACUGGAAAAGGACAUUGUGUCUGACACCUCUGGUGACUUCCGCAAGCUGAUGGUUUCCCUGGCAAAGGGUAAAAGGUCUGAGGACACUUCUGUGAUUGAUUAUGAGCUGAUUGACAUAGAUGCUAGGGACCUCUAUGAUGCUGGUGUGAAGAGGAAGGGAACUGAUGUUCCUAAGUGGAUUAAUAUUAUGACUGAAAGGAGCAUUCCCCACCUCCAGAAAGUGUUUGAGAGGUACAAGAGCUACAGCCCUUAUGAUAUGUUGGAGAGCAUCAAGAAGGAGGUCAAGGGAGACCUGGAAGUUGCCUUCAUUAAUCUUGUCCAGUGUAUUCAGAACAAGCAGUUGUAUUUUGCUGACCGAUUGUACGACUCCAUGAAGGGCAAAGGAACCCGUGAUAAGAUCCUGAUCAGGAUUAUGGUCUCCCGCUCGGAGGUUGAUAUGCUGAAAAUUAAGAGUGAAUUCAAGAGGAAAUAUGGAAAAUCCCUCUAUUAUUUCAUCCAGCAAGAUACAAAGGGUGACUACCAGAGGGCACUGCUGAACCUGUGUGGAGGAGAGGAUUGAAAACUGUGACCAAAGAAAUCCAUGUCCACAGAUGUGCUUUUCUGCUCUUCAUCUUCCUGUAAUCCUCGAAAUCUUGUAAUCCUCAACUUGCCUAGCUAACUUGAAUUUGCCUCUGUAUUUGCAAGACUGAUGGUAUUGUUUGCUUUCUUGUACUUCUCUAGAUGACAGCGCAUUGCUUGGCUUUACCAAAGUUCUUAUAAGCAAAAGGCCAGAGAAGUGACCAUUCCAAGGAUAAAGAGUUGAAAUGUGUUUGUGAAAUACUCUGCCUUCUUAUUAUACAGUUUCUGUUAAAAUACAAAUAAAACUGAAUUUUUACUUUAAGAAAACA